AUGUCCAAGGUUAAGGAAGUGACCAGUGAUGAUGAAUUUAGAGGUUAUUUGAGAAACAGCACCGGAAAGUUGGUAGUUGUGGAUUUCUUUGCUGAAUGGUGUGGUCCUUGUCAAAUGGCAAAGCCAAUUUUUGAAGAAUUUGCAUCCCGAUAUUCCAAUGUGGUGUUCUUAAAAGUUGAUGUCGAUAAACACAAUGGUAUUGCACAAAAAGAGGGUGUGCAAGGUAUGCCAACCUUCAUCUUUUACAAAAACAAUACAAAAUUAACCUCCGUCGUCGGAAUGGAUAUGCAAAAAGUUGAACGAUUGAUCAACGAGUAUGGAGACUCCUUUCAAGCUUUCCAAGGAGGUGGUAGAACUCUCACAUCAUCCAGUGCUGGUAGUAGCAGCAGUGGCGGCUUAGCUGGACAAGUCUAUAAAAAUCCUUGGGCCGACGAGAAUCGUCCUAUUCGUCAACCCAAGCCACAAACCGAUGAUAUGGAUGAAGAUUUGGAUGAUCUCGACGAUGAGACUCGUAAAGCUAUUGAAUUAUCUCUUCUUCAACAAAAGAUCAAGAAGGCAGUUACCAAACCAUCCUCGACUUCUGCUUCUUCAACAACACAAGCUGGUACUACUUCAACAACCGAGACUACAGAAGGAUCUGCCACCACAACAUCACAAGAAAAUAACACAGGUGGACUCACCAAUGAACAAGUCAUGGCAGAAAUUGAAAAAACAGUCGAUACCAACAUUUUGAAAGAACUCAUGGAAAUGGAAUUUUCAAAAUUGAGAGCAGUCAAGGCCUUGUUAAAUUCUCCUCAACCUCCAUCCAAAGAAGCAUGCAUUGAAUGGCUUUUGGAACAUCAAGAGGAUGCCGAUAUUGAUGAACCAAUUCAAUUCACAGUUGAAACUGAAGAAGACAAGAAGAAACGUGCCGAGCAAAUGAAGGAGCUUCUCAAACAAAAGAGAAUUGAAAAUAAGAGAAAAAUGGAAGAAGAAGAACGUAAAUCUCAAAAGGAACGAGAAUUAAAGCGUAGAGAACAAGGCAAACAAUCCCAAGAGUUGUUAGAAAGAAUGAAAGAAGAACAAGCCAAACGAGAUUUGGAAUUAAAGAAGAAGGAAAAGCAAGAGGAAAAGAAAGAAAAGCUUCGAAUGAAACAAUUAUUGGAAGAGGAUAAACUUCGAAGAAAGAUUGAACGCUUGAGACAAGAAGGAAAGACAACUGAGCUCGCUCAGGUCGAAAAAGAUCUUUUUGAUUUACAGAAAAUGGGAUUGAAGGCCUAUCUUGCUCGUGACACUGCAGGAGGAAGCGGCACUCCAACCAGUAGUACCAGCACACCAACAGAGUCAUCAUCAUCUACUACUGCUCCAGCUCAACCCCAAGAAAGUGCCAUUCGAGUUCGUUUGCUCGACGGUACAACCAUCACUGCCAAAUUCAAGCCAACGGAUACUAUCAAAGCUGUUCAUGCACACAUUGCUUCGCUCAUUAAGGACAGUCAUUUUUCAUUCAACUGCCCUGGUGUGCCACCCAAGACGUAUUCCCUCACUUCUGCGAAUAUUAACAAAACUUUGGACGAAGAGGGAUUACAUCCAAGAGGUCAGCUCAUUUGCACACGUAAAUAA